AUGUUUGUUGAUACUCAAUUCCCGGAGCAACAUCGCAAGAGGAUCCGAGAGGAAGAUGAAGAGGCGUCAUCUGGCAGCCCAGUAGGAUUUACCGAGCACAGAAAUAAACGGUUCCAGUCCCUCCCACUUAGGACGUCUCCGAACUCGAAGCGAUGGAUGGACCGGCCGAAUUUCCCACUAUCUAACCAGACCGUCGCCCCAACAAACCAUGUCCAGCCCAAUCUACUUCAGCAAGAGCCGGUGCAGACUCACAUGUGGGCAGACGAGCCGGAACUUGUAUCACGGAACCCACCAUCUUCUGUGGUGAUUAGCGGGGCCGAAGACGAUGAUAUGGACAUGAUGGAUACGUCGGAGCCAGCGGUACAGCGCACGCAAGCGGGGUUGCAAGUCCCGCCCAAUCCAGAACACAAUGUUUUCUUAGCCGACCAGAACGCACCCAGCGUGACCGGCCGCAUACCGACACCAAUUCACUGCACCUUCGCGGCGCAAGUGCGAGGAAACAGUUGGAGUGGAGGGAAUGCCGUCCAUGGCGACAUUCUUGCGACGACGCCCGAAGAGCCGAAUUCGGCAGCCUUCGGCAGCAAUGGCGCAGUUGACCUGUCUACUCAGAAGUUCGCCUCGGCGACAGAGGCGUCUGCUAUGGCUGAUUGGAACAUGGUCCAGAAUAGGCGGCUUCCUUCCCCGAUCAGCGAAUGUGGCGCGGAAGACAGCCAGGGCAACGCAAGGAUGGCACUCGACUCACCACCGUUACACGGCGGCCACUUGAGCCACCUUACCCACAAACAUCCCCUGGUGGCCGGGCUUCCGCCACGUGCGAGCUCCGCGAUGGAGGCGCGAACGAUACGGGAAGACACACCCGGUAUGGCUGAGAACCAGGUUGGUCGUGGCAGCGCGAUGGAGCUCGAGUCCCCUGCGACACCAUCACCAAAAAAGGGGCACACACGCUCUAAACACACUCUCAACUCGUGGACGGGUGUGCAGCCGGGUAUGACGCGGUCGUUCAGCAUAGGGUACCGGGCUGACUGCGAGCGAUGCCGGAACAAGGUGCCCGGUCACUUCAACCACAUCAUUAUCUCCUAG